CUGCAACGAGAAUCAGGGAACUCAAUCGCCAGGGUAAUAGUCAUAUAUCUUAAAGCGAAUUCAGUUGGACCCUUCUUUCCGAACGUCCCGAUACGUGUUCCACUAUGGGUGGCACUGCUCCUUAGACAGCAACAGAAGUGUCGGAUUAUGCCACCGGAUUGGCUGACCGUUGAAAAGCUAAACGAAUGUAAAGAAGCAGAAGAGACCGACCCUGGUUGUACAGUUCCGCCACAUCGACAGUACACGGAAAUAGCCACGUUGUUACUUCAACACGCGGCGGAAGAUAUACAAAAUCCAGAGACUAUUCGCACAAUUGUUCGGGACCUGUGGGAUAUGCGCGUUGGUAAACUUGUGGCCUCGGUAACAGGUUUUAUCUCGAGCGGUGCCUCGACUGCUCGAGUCAGUCAGCUGACAAAUUUGGAACUAACAACACUUCGGAACUUCUUGACCAGCUCAAUGGAUCAAUUGACCAGUCUGCGACGGGCGGCUGCAGAUACGAGUCAACUUGGACUAAGCUCUUCAAAUCUCAGUCGAACUAAUCGAUCAUUUGUAAAUAACUGA